AUGCAGUACAUUAGGUUAAACAUAUCUAAAAAUGAAGAGAUCCGGAGGUCUCUCAGCAUGUGCAUCUUCCAAGCUUGCAGACGUUUCUUUCAUUCAAAUUUCGAAACCGUCACUUACUCUUUACCUCUAAUAGAAAGAGAUUUUGCCUCUGCAACUGUGUUAAAUGAACUGGUUCUACCUGUUUUAGAAUCGGAUCAGCGGUUUGCGCUUCUGAUAAAGGAUUUGAAAACCGCACAACAAAUCAAUCAUAGAUACAUCGGUAAGUCCCCCAGUUACAUAAUUCAAAUAAAGAAAGAAGGAGAGCUUGAGGCGAAUAUAAGAAGGUUGAAGCGUUUUACAAGGUGGAACCCACACGCAAAAUUUCUGGUGGUCUCCUCAACAGCGUUUAGUUACCCUCUGAAUGUAGCCAUUGGCGUCAUCAAGUCGCUGUGGAACAAUAAUGUCGUAAACGCAGCAGUUUUACUUGUCGACAACGAAAAUAACACGAAUUUUAAAGUGUACUCCUGGAAACCUUACAGCUCUCACAGCUGUGGGACCAAUUUUAGCGACGUACUGCCAGUUGGCAGUUGCUCUUUUGGUGUAACUGACUCCAAUAUUGAUUGGUUUAGAAACAAAAUACCGAAGAACUUGCAUGGGUGUCCUGUAAAAGUAAAGUAUAUGGUAUGGUUGCCUUACGUCAUGAGUGUGAAGCCAAUUGCACAGGUUCCACAUUACGAUGCAGACUUAGGAAUCGAUGUAAACCUACUGAAUGUAAUUGCGAACACACUGAACUUGUCACUUAUAUACCAAAAAUCUUCCUUCGAUGGUUGGGGCGGCGUCGGGAAAGACUACUCUGCCACGAAAGAUCUAAAACUGCUGAAGGAGAACAAUGUAGACCUUGUGGUAGGAGGCUACGUUAAUACUCCCCAUAGAACCGUGUUGUUUGACUCCCCCCAAAGCCAUAUCCAAGAUUCACUACUGUUUUGCGUUCCACACACGCCUAUAAUAACCGGAUUCAGAAACUUCCUAAACAUAUUUAAAUUCGAGGUGUGGAUUUUGGUUUGUAUUCUCUAUUUUAUUGUUAGUGUCUGCAUGUGGUAUGCGAGUAACUUUGAAGGGGGUGAACACUUGUCUUAUAGGAGUUUGCCUAACUGCUUGCUCAACAAUUUUCUGAUAUCUAUUGGACUGGUAGUAAGUAUACUACCAAAAACGAUGAGAGUGAGAUGUCUUGCUUGUAUGUUUAUAAUAUUCAGUCUCAAAUUAAAUAUGAUAUAUACGAGCUACCUUACCAGUGUCCUGUCUUCGCCUAACUACAGACAGAAAUAUGAAAGUAUGGAAGAAAUUUAUAAGCAUAACCUGCGCACGUAUUUCGCACCUAAUACUAAAUUGUUCUUCAGUGGAAAUGACGAGAAACAGUUACACAGCGUACCUUUGAACGUUAUAACGCAGAGAUGGAGGAAUUGUACCAAUGUUCCUAAAUGCUUUAAUACUAUAUCAUCUAAAAAGGACAUAGCAGUAUGUAUGCCUAGGUCGUAUAAAGACUAUCUGUUAAACAAUCAAGCUAGAGAUAAAAGACGAGCGAUAUUUUGUUUAAAAGAGAACGUUGUUUCCUUCUCGUUAACGAUUCUGAUGAGGAAAGGUUUCCCACUGUUCAGUUUGUUUGAUAAAGGUAUUUGCAGAAUUGUCGAAGGAGGAUUUAUUAAUAAAUGGAUGAGAGACAUUAUGAUGAAUAAAUCUGAAAGAAUAGGAAGCCACCCUGAAGAUGUUGAAAAAGUUCAAAUUAACUUCGACACCUUGGUACCUGUGUUUUAUAUGCUUCUAAUGGGUUAUCUCGGUGCAAGUUUAGCGCUUGUUAUUGAACUUAUAGUGCAGAAUUUUAACUGUUAA